AUGAGUUUAGAAGACUAAAAACGAUUAGAUGAUUUGUUUAAUCAAGUUAUUUGUAAGGCUGAAAGCAAUAACAUGAAAUUUCAUGAGUUUAUGACAUUCCUUUUGGAAAGAGAAUUGAUAACUGCAAAGUUCAACUUUACUUUCUACUUGAAUUUAUACUAAGAAUACUUCGCUUUAGAAGAGAUAGUCUAAAAAGUUACUCAAGCCCCAAAGAAAGGAACAAAAGAGCCCAUAAAUAUCAUCAAGGAUGAUACACCUAAAUUUAGCAGAACUAAAUUCUUGAGGAUCGUAGAUGCACUAGGAAAGGCUCUACAUCAAGGAUAAAAGAAAUAUUUAGAUCUGAUCCUUAAAGAUAUAUUCAUUGAUAAUAAAAAGAAAACAUAAAUCAGAAUGUUGAUACUUGAUGAUCCAAAUCGGAAGUUACUUCACGAAUAGGUUAUUAAGACCAUAAUUGCAUAUGAAGAAGAUAUUUAAGCAUUGUUUACUAUGUAUUUACCAGAAAACUAUUAUAAAAAUGAACUCAUGCUUACUUGGAAAGAAAUUAAAUUAAUGAAUCUCAAAAUUCCUAUAUUCUCAUUUAUUCAGAUGCUAUAAGAUAUGAAUAUUCAUCCUGUUCAUUAUAAUUAUGAAAAUAUUGAAGAUGUAUGUAUGAGAAUAAUACCUGCAAUCACUCCUAAAGAGAACUAAUUUUAUUAAUCCAAUGUUAUUUAACAAUUAUGUGAAAUGAUAAAUAGUGGAAAAUUCAAACCAUAACAUUAUUCUGGAGAUCCUAAAAUUUCUUAUUUGGAAUUUCAAUUCUUAUUAUGUAAAAUGGGUGCUGAAAUAACUAACAGAGAAGUUUAAUAGGAUUCAAAGAAGGAGAUUUCUCCAUUGAUUAUAAAGUUCUUUACCAAAAUGAUUGAUUUGUAAUAAAAUGGUAAUAGAAUUCAUGAAGAUAAAACAAAACAUUUGGCUUUAAUUAAAAAAUAUUAUGAAAUGCUAGAUAAAACCGAUGAUAUCCUUUAAGAAUAAGGCAAUCCUUAAUCUGAAGAAUAAGAUAUGAAAUAAUAGAAUUACUUGUUUCUUACUCGUAAACCAGAUCAAUUGGAUAUUAAAGAAAUUUGGCAAUUUUUUUAGUAAGACUUACCACCCUUCCCUGAAUUAAAGUCAUAGGUUGAUUUGGCAUAAGACUUUGUGAAAUCAAUUAAGGAAAAGGAAAAGAGAGAAGAAUUGGCAAGAAAAUUGGAGGAAGACAAAAAAAAUAAAAAUAAGCCUUAACCCAAAUAGUAACUGAAAAAAGGAGAAUAACCAAUGAAAUAUUAAUGGGAACCUUUAGUAUAACCACCUAGAAUAUGUACCUAUUAAUACUUUAUUGAUUUUGUGAAAAAAACCAAGUAAACAAAUCCCCUUAGAGACUUAAAUGAAUUAAGCACUUUAAGUCAUAUAACAGUUGCUCCAGUUAUGUUACCAGAAUGUCUGUAUCCACAUGAUCCGCCUUAGUUGGUUAGAACAAUGAUAGAAGCUUCGUUGAUGUCGUUUACAUAAUAAAAUUAUUUCUUAGCAAUGCAAAAUUUGAAUUCAGCCUAAGAAUUAUGGUAGUCUCUAACUGAAUUGCAUGAUGCAGAGAUGGUAUUUUUCGAGUACUUUGGUGGUUAAAUAUAUGAGAUAGCUGGAUAGGAUGAAGCAGCAUUAAAUAAAUUUCUAAGAGUAAAAUUCCACGCUGAUAAAUUAUAAGCAGAUCAUCCAGAUAAAGCCUUACCUUAUUGUGGCAUUGGUUCAGUAUUGUACCAUAUGCAAGAAUAUGAAUUGGGCACAAGAAUGAUAAGAGAAAGCUCAAUAGGUGAUGAGAAUAUAGAGAAUGCCAUAACAUUAAACAAUUUAGGAUGUGCUUUGCAUUAGAAUGGCAAUUUAUUUGCUGCUGAGAAUUGUUACAUGUUUGCUAUUACUAUAUUAGACAUCCAUUUAGGAACAAUGCAUGCAAUGACAAUGAAUGUAAAACGCAAUCUACAAAAGCUAAAAGCAAAUAAAUAUUGUAAAUAAUGA